AUGAAAGAGGCAGAAUCCAAUGUCAGAGAGCUUUAUGCUUUGCUUCAAAUUUCUCCGGAGGCAUCGGAUGAAGAAAUUAGAAAGGCUUAUCGUCAAUGGGCUCAAGUUUAUCAUCCUGAUAAGUAUCAGGAUUCUGAUAUGAAAGACAUCGCGACAGAGAACUUUCAGCGAAUAUGUCAAGCCUACGAAAUUUUGUCGGAUCCGCAAAAGAGAAUCAUAUAUGAUAUAUACGGUAUGGAAGGGUUAACUUCCGGCCUAGAACUGGGUACCCGACUUGAUAAAGUCGAAGAGAUUAAAGCAGAACUCGAGAGACUCCGGCAACAGAGGGAAAUGGAGAAGAAGUUCCCCCCAUAUAUGAUACCUUCUGGUUCAGUUCUGGCUAAUGUCUCAUUGCCACAAUUUCUUGCGGGUGAAGGCAUUAUCAAAGGGAUGGCUAUGGCUAGUGAAGUUCAAUCUCAAAUAUCCAAGAAAAAUGUCGUUGCUCUGGGGGGGAACCUGGCAGUGGAUGGAAAAUCUGGAGGUGGUGUAGCGACUGUUGUCUUUAGACGUCAGGUGUCUCCUGCAUUUACUGUGGAGGCUAUGGGCUCUGCCGGGCUAAGGGCAUUAAUAGGAAUUCAAGCAUCACAUUAUUUAUCCCAACACUCCUCUGCAACAAUUGGACUUGCCACUUCUUUGAAAGAUGGUUCGAUUAAUCUUUCCAACAGUUGGACCCGUCAACUUUCAGAGACUACUAAUGCAAAUAUUGAAGUAGAGUUAGGUGCGGAGCCAUCUAUUGGUGUUGGGUGGCAAAAGAAAGAACGAAAAAGGUCUGCUGCCGGAAAUAUCAAGAUUGGCCAUGGGUCAUUUGGCAUAUCGGCUCAUUAUACUCACCGAUUCUCCGAAAAAUCUCAUGGGCGAAUUGCUGGAAAAUUUGGAAGCUCAGCACUUGAAUUUGAAGUAGGAGGUGGAAGAAAAAUAACCGAAUUUAGCACUGUCCGAAUGCUGUAUUCAAUUGGAAUUCAGGGAAUAUACUGGAAAUUAGAAUUGCACCGAGCAGGGCAGAAGUUGAUUGUCCCUGUCUUGCUGUCCCGCCAGUUAAGUCCUAUUUUUGCUAGCGGAGCAUUUAUUAUUCCUACCUCGCUUUACUUUUUAAUCAAGACCUAUAUUCUGGAUCCCUAUUAUCAGAAACUUGAAAAGCAGAAGCCAUUAGCCAACAUUGAGACUCAAGCCCAGGUACGUGAAUCUAGAGCAGCAGCUAAAAAGGCCCAACAAUUGUUACAAAAUGUGGCAAAUAGGAAACGGAAUUCACAGUUGGAGACAGACGGUCUGGUGAUUACAAAAGCAAUUUAUGGAAGUGAGACUGUUGUAAGAAGCGAAAGUGAAGUGGAAGAAGCCCAGGAUGAAGUAUUGUCUGGAUUUAUUGAUGUCACCUUACCCCUAAAUUUUCUGGUAAACGAGUCAGGGCAAUUGAAGCUGCAUGAUGGUGUAAAGAAAUCAGGAAUUAUGGGCUUUUGUGAUCCUUGUCCUGGAGAGCCGAAGCUGUUACUUGUAGAAUACACCUACAGAGGUGAUAAAUAUAAGGUUGUUGUUGGUGAUUACGAGGAAAUGGUUAUACCCCAGGAAGCACACAGAAUUUGA